UAUCAAAGGCGAUGAUGCUAGAGGCUAGAGCAGAAAAGAUUGAUGAAAAGAGAAAAUUAAUAUCUAAGGCAAUGGAAGCCGAGACGAAAGUCAAAGAGAAAUGUACAGCAGCAGCAGCAGCAGGUGCACAUGUGCUCAUCUUUCCUUGUCCAGCACAGGGCCAUAUAAUUUCCAUGCUUAAGCUCGCUGAACUUCUUGUUCUUAAUGAUCUACAUGUCACCUUCCUCAACACUGAGUAUAUCCACCACCGUCUCAUUCGUUUUGGUGAUAUUGAAGCUCUUUCAGCAUGCUACCAUCCAACACUCCAAUUCAAAACCAUCUCUGAUUGUUAUACCGAAGAACAGGACCUGCAGCAGCAUCCCGGAUUCGGAGACAGAGUAGGUGACGUCAUUACUUCCAUAAAUUCGCAUGCCAAGCCCCUCUUGAGAGACAUUUUGGUAUCUGAGAGUCCUGCAAAACCGAGGAUCAGUUGUUUUAUAGGGGAUGGUAUGUUCGGAAGCCUUACCACUGACUUGGCUGGUGAGCUUGGGAUACCACUCAUUCAUUUUCGAACCAUCAGUGCUUGCUGCUUUUGGGCUUAUUUAUGUGUUCCGAAGCUCUUUGAGUGUAACGAACUUCCCAUUAAAGGGGAUGACGACAUGGAUCGCAUCAUAACGAGUACACCUGGGAUGGAAAACUUGCUUCGGUGUAGAGAUCUUCCAAGUUUCUGCCGACCAAAGAAGAAAGGGCACAUUCAUCUGGACUCCAUGGUCUUCCAGACCCAACAAUCACUUCGAGCAAACGCACUCAUACUCAACACAUUCGAGGACCUAGAAGGCCCUGUACUCUCCCAAAUACGUCUUCACUUCCCAAAACUCUACACCAUUGGCCCUCUCCACCACCAUUUGAACAUGAGAAAAACAGCAGCGCUAGCCAAACCUUCCUUGCCUCAUCCUUCAUUUAAGAACAAUUUUUUUGAAGUGGACAGAAGCUGCAUGGCGUGGCUCGACGCUCAGCCCGAGAGGUCCGUGAUAUAUGUCAGCUUCGGCAGUGUAACGCUCGUGACAAGGAUGGAGCUUAUGGAGAUUUGGCACGGUUUGGUUAAUAGCAAGAAACGGUUCCUGUGGGUGAUGCGGCCUGACUUGGUGGCAGGAAAAGAGGGUGAGGACAAGAUUCCAGUGGAGGUGGAGGAGGGGACCAAGGAUAGAGGGUUCAUGGUGGAAUGGGCCCCACAAGAAGAGGUAUUGGCACACAAGGCCAUUGGUGGUUUUAUGACACAUAGUGGGUGGAACUCAACCAUAGAGAGUGUGGUGGCUGGGGUACCCAUGAUUUGCUGGCCUUACUUUGCGGAUCAGCAGAUUAACAGCAGGUUUGUGAGUGAGGCUUGGAAACUUGGGUUGGACAUGAAGGAUGUGUGUGAUAGGAAUGUUGUGGAGAAAAUGGUGAAUGAUGUCAUGGUCCAUAGGAGGGACGAGUUUCUGAUAUCAGCUAAGGCAAUGUCUAUGUUAGCCCACAAGAGUGUGAGUCCAGGUGGUUCCUCUUACUCCAGCUUCGACGAUUUGAUUCACUACAUAAAAAUUUCAACCAGCCAAGGAAAUCAUUGAUUGUCAUUCUUGUAGCCGUGGCCCAAAUAUAAUUUGGGGUAUCAUUGCAUUUCUUUCUUCAGUUUGGGCCUUGGCCCUUAUUUCAAUGAUUAAAUUUGUGCCUCGUAAAGAUGUUGGAUCAUGUUCAUUCCCUACAAGUCUACAACUCUGAAUCCCCCUCCUCUUCUCACCCUAGUCAAAAAAAAAUAAAAUGAAUAGGGAAGAUUAUC